AUGGCGACCAAGAAGCAGCAACACCUAGCCCUUGUGAUUCUAGCACUUUGUGUGGUUGAAGCUUCUGGAUUCUCUCCGUCAAGGUUUCGGUUUGGACGGCCUCUGGAUGGUUCAUUACGGGUGUCUUCUCAGGUGAAUGGCAACAGCGCGGGUUCUACUCAACAACAAUACAACGGGGAUAACAGCAAUGGCGUCACUAGUAGUGCAGCGAGUAUGAAUCCCUAUCGAACAUACAGCGAUUACCUAUCGCGACUAUGGAGAGAAACCAACCCACUCGCCAGAAAGAAAAUUGCCGACAACAAGGAAUUUCUUUCUGUCAAACACACCAGAGACUGCGUUCGUGGGGAUGCAUUCCUCAAUGACUCUGUCGUGUCCAUGGAUCACCGACAAAAUCUCUUGGAUGCAUGCGACACCUUUCUAGAAGACACAAAAUCCGCGGCCGCCGAGGAGACAGUGCCAGUUGUAGAUGUCGCCGCCAAUGGCAAACCAAAAGAGAAGAAACGUCGAAGUGUCUCGUUUGGUGCCACCAUGGGAGCUAUUGUCGCAUGUUGGGUCUUUUCUGGAAACUUUAUCUUCACGGGCCUAUUCACCCUCAUGACCAUUGCAGGGCAAUUGGAAUAUUACCGCAUGGUCAUGAAUACGGGAGUCUUUCCCGCCCGAAGAAUAUCUGUCAUUGGAGCUGCUGCCAUGUUUCUCACGGCAUCGGUGGCUCCAUCUUUGCACCAAGUGUGCUUGCCCAUGUUUGGCCUUUUUGGCAUAUUACAGCUACUCUCGGAUCGAGAUGUAUGUCCGUCCAUUACCGAUGUUGCAACCACCUUUACGGGAAUGUUCUAUCUCGGCUAUUGUCCAUCCUUUUGGUGUCGGAUCCGUCUCCUCGGACCCCUGGAGCCGACAAGAUUUCUACCCAUGACGGAACCGUUGUUUGCCUUUUUGAAACAAAACAUUGGUCUACUAGCCUUUCUUCCAAAGGCACUGCCCGUGCCAGUGACGGGAGGCGCAAUCUUUAUCUUUUGGUCAUGGCUUUCGCUGGCAUUUAGCGAUGUGGGAGCCUAUUUUGUUGGUAGAAAAUUUGGAAAAACAAAAUUGAGUUCCAUGACCGCAGCGGCUGGCAAAACCAGUCCCAACAAAUCGGUGGAGGGUGUCCUUGGAGGUUGCGUCGUGAGUGCCGCCCUCUCGACACUGGGUGCGUGGGCGCAGAGGUGGCCACUCUGGCCCCUCACGGGGGCAGUUCACGGUUUGAUUCUGGGAUUUCUUGGUUUUGUCGGAGAUCUCACGGCAUCCAUGCUGAAACGAGAUGCCGGCCUCAAAGACUUUGGAGACCUCAUCCCUGAACACGGUGGAAUUCUAGAUCGCGUGGAUAGUUUCGUUUGGACCGCACCCUACAGCUGGUUGGUCUGUUCCACAAUCUUGCCGGCGUUACGGUCCAUGACGAGAUAG